AUGCUGGGAGCUGACCCUGGAGGGGAGACCCUUGCAUCUCAGUUUGUCCGAGCAUCCACUGAAGGCCCGGGGCUGCUGGAGAUCUCCAAACAGGCCCAGACCCAGGCCAUGGGGUGGCAGAGGUCCUGGGCAGCUGGAUGGCCCAGGCUACCAACAGACCUCCAUCCCAGCCUGCAGGAGCCGGAGCCUAUUCCUCCAGAAAGAUGCAGUAACAGAGGAUCAGGAGCGCUGCAGGACGGUGUGCGCAGGGUCGGCCCCGGCCGCCGCCGCUCUAGGCCUCAGGCGUCCACCUCAGCUGCACUUCCGCCGGCGCUGCGUGUUUGGAGCAGUGUUCCGCUCUCGUGGCUGCACUUUCCGCGUGUCCUCCCAAUCUGCCGGCAUCCGCGCACCUCCGCGCCUUCCCACACUCUUGGCUGUAUCUCCGCCGUUGUCCCGUGCGGUCUGUUGCAGCCUCCUCGGCCCUGCGCAGAUGAAGACCCUCCCCCGGACGGCUUUGCGGGCCCUGCCUCAGCCGGCGCCCCCUUCUCUCCUGCAGGACCCGGACCCGCACUGCAGGGGCUGAGUGCCCCCUGGGAGUGUCACGUGACUGCUGUCGUAUGGGAGAUGUGGUCAGGAAGAGCCUGGCUAUGAGCCUCAGGUAAGUGAUGGCCUGUUGGUUCUCUAGAGCUUGAGUUCCUUGCAGGCUGCGAUAGCAGAGGUGUUGGGUAAUGAGAUGGGUGUGUGUGUGUGAGAGAGAGUACAGUGGGGCUGCUUCCCAGUGUCCUCCGCCUGGGCCUGAUUCUGCUCCUGCUCCUGGCAGCCCCUGAUGCUGCUGUGGUGGCAAGAGGUUGGUAUUUGUCCUGUGAGUCUUCCCUGAGGCUUUUGGCAGGGACUGUAAGUUGUCAGCAGUGGCUUUGUCAUCUUGGUUGUAAGUCUGGGCCAUGACUGUCUGCUGGUCUGUCCUGGUCCAGGCCGUUCCUGGGGUUCUGAUAGUGGCCUCCCUUCCCAGCUCACCCCUGUAUUCGAAAGUGAUGGUGGGCUGCCCGUGCCCUGGUCAUUGAUAGUGCAGGGAGAGGAACUGCCGAAAGCACUUCCCCGUGUUUGGAGGGCCGGUCCUGUCCCUUACAAACUCUGGAGCUUUCGAACACAUCCACUGAGUGCCCCUUUUCCCGAGCAGGGCCUUGUCUCAGGAGUUUGUGUUUCUAGGCUGGUGGUGGAGCUACCCUGGGGCCCAUUGCCUCCUAGGACUUCCUUCCUGGACCCUUGCUCUGCCUUCUCCUCACUCAGUCCUUCCCACAUCCUCAGCCCUACUUCGGCACUAAUCCCUCCUGGACAGUGUGGACUUGUUGGGUGUACCCCCCCCAUGCUGUAAUCUUGAGGGCAAGUGCCUCUGUCGUGUUUUGCGUUGUGUGUGUUGCCUGAUAUAUGGCACCUGGACAAAAAUAACAACUGAAGAGCUGGUGGUGACACGGUUGGUACAGGGUGCUGGGGCCCAGGGCUUCUCCUAUUGCAGGGUCAGGGAGCCAUGCCCUCCAGCAGGCCAGCCUGUGGGGGUUGAGCCUGUCUCUUCUCACUGGAAGUGUUGAGUUUGUAAUGAAAGGUAGACUUGUUAUCAUCUACCUUUGAUCCUGGCCACGAGCAGGGCCUGUGGCCCUUUGGGGGUGGUUUCCUAAUAACUGACCUGCACGAAGCACAGAAUAGUCAAGGCUGUGUAUGUCCAUGGCCCUUAUACUAGAUGGUAGACAGGGGCCCACUGAAAGGAUG